CCUGCAGCCAGCGGGGGCCAUCAUGUCAGCAUUUAACCCUACAAGGCCUGUCCCAGCAUCGGGUUACCCAGGGGAGCAGGUGAGGAGGUUUCAGGGUAAGUGCAGGCCUGGCCUCAAGGGCCCUGAGGUCACUGGUCCCGACAUACGCCCUUUCCCCAGCCCUGGGGUCUGACGUGGCACGGCGGCCACGCUGCCCCCACCCCCGCCCUUGGAGGCGCCGGAGCUGCACCUUCACAUUUUCCACUGAAGUGGUGCCAACCCCAGAGCUCCCCCCUCAUUGGAUUCCUUGGCCAGGGCUCUGGGCAGCCACAGACAGGGAUGACCUCAUCACCCUCGGGCUCCCUCCCCUGGCAGGGGCCUUAGGCAGAAGUGGGCAGCUGCAAGACAGGGACUCAGGGAAGACCCCAACUGACCAACUCCACAGAGAGACAGAAGCCAAGGCCUCUCUGUGGGAGCACCCCACUGUCUGCACCCGGCCCCUCCCCAGGCAGAACAGCCACGUUCCUGGACGCAGAUUCCUGGUUGCAGCCCCUGCCAGCCGCCACCCUCGCUCUUUCCAGCCUGGGGACCGCUGCCCAGGCGGCUGCUUCCUGCAACAGUAGCCACAGGGAGGGGCCCAGGCAAGACAGCACAGCUGGGAGCCUGCCGCCCCCCGCCAUAGGAGGGACCCCUUGGGCCCUGCCUCUCCCCAGAGGGCCACCCCCAGCACCUCCCCGCACCCCUGCCUUCCCUCUCCUCCCCAUGGGAAAAGGGGGCCAUCCCCAAACUGGGGAAUGGGGGUAUGUGUAUGUCUCCUGAGGGGCCUCGUGGCCCUGGAGAGGAACAGGAGAAAGGUGGGGGAGAUGAGAAACAGACCCACAGGGAGAGGAGGGGUCCACAUAGCACAGGAAUAGGGGGCCUGGUCAGGGCCUGGCAGGAGGUACAGUCCGUGCCAAGCCUGGAGGUGCAGGUGCAGGACAGAUAGGCAGGGACUGAGCUCUAGGCCCUUGAAUACUCGUCUGUGCCCGCCCCCUGCACACACAGCCUGGCACAGACAGGACCUGGCGCACAUGGAGUCAGACAGACAGGGUGCGGUCAGGCAACCGGGCCAGGGCGGCUGGGUUAACACGGUUGUGCCACGGGAGAAAGUGGGGUGGUGGGUCCAGCUGACCUCCUUCCCGUCUCCUGGCGAGGGGAGACACUGCAGUCUUGGGGCCCUGAGCAACUAUGGCCUACAGGCCUCCCACUUCCUCCGCAUCCCCAGAGACAGAAUGAUGCUCCAAAGACCCGCACCCCGCCCCCACAAGUGUGGCCACAGAAGGCCCAGGGACUCGACGGGCAGCUCAAGGAGCCUCCGGGCCAGGAGGGGCGGGGCGUGCACGGGGGCGGGGCCGGGCCGCCGCUAUAAAGGCGCGGCUCAGGGCCCCGCUCCAGCCCGGGACGCACAUGUGCGCGCGGCGCCCGGCAGCUGCCACCGCGGGGCGCACCCGAGACCCCGCGCCUUGCCUCGGCCCCGGGUGGCCCGCGAGGCCCGCGGCGGCCGCAGGAGGCGGCAUGAGCAGCGUGCGACGGAGCUGACGCCGCGCCCCCGCUGGCCCCAUGUCCUUCGCCACGCUGCGCCCGGCGCCGCCGGGCCGCUACCUGUACCCCGAGGUGAGCCCGCUGUCGGAGGAUGAGGACCGCGGCAGCGAGAGCUCGGGCUCCGACGAGAAACCCUGUCGCGUGCACGCGGCGCGCUGCGGCCUCCAGGGCGCCCGGCGGAGGUCUGGGGGCCGGCGAGCCGGGGGCGGGGGGCCGGGGGGCCGGCCAGGCCGUGAGCCCCGGCAGCGGCAUACGGCGAACGCGCGCGAGCGGGACCGCACCAACAGCGUGAACACGGCCUUCACGGCGCUGCGCACGCUGAUCCCCACUGAGCCCGCCGACCGCAAGCUCUCAAAGAUCGAGACACUGCGCCUGGCCUCCAGCUACAUCUCGCACCUGGGCAACGUGCUGCUGGCGGGCGAGGCCUGCGGAGACGGACAGCCGUGCCACUCGGGUCCAGCCUUCUUCCACGCAGCGCGCGCGGGCAGCCCACCGCCACCGCCACCACCACCUCCUGCCCGAGACGGCGAGAACGCCCAGCCAAAACAGAUCUGCACCUUCUGCCUCAGCAACCAGAGAAAGUUGGCUGCACAGCAAGACGCCAGGCCCUGUAGAGCUGCCGGAGACAUGGACCAUGGGACAUGAAGGCAGAGGCUGGCAGGAGAUGUGGGGGCCGGGGAGGUGAGGGCUCCUGCAGGAGACGCUGGCCAGCUGUGAUUUACAGCUCCUGCUGUGCUUGGUGGCACCGGAAAAGCAGGGUGAGCAGGGAGAAAAUACGGCACGGCUUUUCCCAAUCCCCAUUUCCUCUCCAGACAGCACGCGCGAGCUCCUGGGGCCUGAACAUCUGGGAAAUUUAAUUUUACAAUUUCGGCUGUGCAGCAGUGUGCUCCCCUCCCCAAAACGCUUGGGGGAAGCUGGGGAGAGCUGGGGAGGAGGUGCCUCAGCGCUGGCCACCUGAGACUGCACCCAGCAGGGAGGCCAGAGCGGCGCAGACUGGCACUGGGCUGUGCCGGGCCCUGACACCCCUCCCUCCCCUCUGCAGAGCAAGGACCGCGACAGAAAGACAGCGAUUCGAAGUUAGGAGGUGGUCGGCAGCAGCCAGGAGGCAGACGCUACUGGGGGAGGUGGACGCCCUGGGUGACCACAGACAGCCCCACCUUGGACCUGAGCUGGGCAAGGUCCGCCAUGAGCACGUCCCCAAGGCCAACCCGGCCCUGGCUGCGAGCAGGGCCGAAGGACAGACGGACGUACAGACAGGCACCGGCAGUGGGACUCUGUGCUGGCCCCAGCACCUGCCCAGGCCCACUGGAACUUUCUGCGCUGGCUUCGGGCCUGGGUUUUCUUCUGGCCACUGUGUGUGGGCAUCUUGUGUUUUUGAUAUGAUAAUAUAAGUCUGAAAAUUUUGUAUAAUUAAAAACAAAACAGUAUCUUCCAAAUA